UAAAUAGUCAUAGGUACUGUGGAUUUAAUCUAUGAAGUCACACAACAGCUUGAUGUCCUACACUAUUACAAUCAGAUUGAAAAAGUUGAUUACAGAAGAAGAAAUAUCGAAAUGGUAAGGCAUUCUCUUUUAACAGAAAAAAAAAGGAUCACGCUAUUAAAGAUAUGGCCACCAACGAAAGUGCAUCAUUCUGCGACUUUUGCCAAAGCAGGGACCUUAAUACGUCAGCGGAGGAAUAUUGUCCACAGUGUGAAGAGGCACUCUGUCGAGAAUGUACAGACAAUCAUAAGAUAUCGAAAUUGUCAAAAUCGCACCAGACAAUCUCGGUCGACAAUUAUAGAAAGCUACCAUCAUUUAUCAAGGAAAUAAAGCAAAACUGUGAUGAGCACGACUGCUUCCUUGAAUUUUAUUGCAAAUAUCAUGACGCCCUUUGUUGUAAACUUUGUUUGAUAUCAGGUCAUAAGGAAUGCAAGGAAACUAUUUUCGUUGCAAAUUUUCUAACACCAUCUUCAGGAUACCAAUCAGCAGCUUUUGAUAACAUUCAAAGAGUUCUAAAAGAUCUGGAUAGUAACAUUUGUUCCGCUAUAAAGGACAGAACUCGAAAUUUGACCGAAUUACGUAAUCAAAAGAAGAUGAUUUCAGAAAAAAUUAAAGAAAAACGUCAGCAAAUAAAUACACUAUUAGACAAUUUAGAGGGAGCAUUACAAGAAGAAACAUCUGCAAUGGAGAAAGAAUACUGUCGGAAAAUAGAAGAAGUAAUUGAAAAAUUGGAGAACGAAAAAAAGAGAAUAGACGAAACUGUAAAAGAUGUUGAUUUUGUAAAAAUGUUUGCAUCUAGUCUUCAAAUCUUCAUGGGAAAAAAAGCAUUUCAGGAAAGUGUUUCAACCAAUGAAAUGAACUUCAAAAUAUUAUAUGAUAAUGGGAGCUUGACCAAUUUGACAAUGCAGUGUACGUUCAAUGAAAAGCUAGAGAGGUUUAUACAAGAACUAAAGACCUUUGGUGAUAUAAAGGUGAACAAUUGUGAAAAUCAUAUUUCAUUUUCAUGGAAGGGAGAUAAAUCAGCACAAAUUUUCAAACCUUUGUCGGUAUUGAAAUCGAUUGAAAACAUCAAUGUUAGACUAAUACGCAAGAUUAACAUAAAUCGCAAUGAUCUAACUGGAUGUGCAAUGUCAGAAUCUGGAAACAUGUUUUUUCUACAAAAACACAAUAAUAAGCUUUUUAAAUAUGGGCAAAAAGGAGAACGCCUGUCCGAAUCUUAUAUCAAUUCUAAAACUGGCGGCAUUGGAUAUGACCUUGCAGUGAUUGAUUCUGACACAGUAGCUAUAUCAAGUGGUGAAAAUUUUCUAAAACAGAUUUACUUAAUUGAUAUGAAUAGUGCAAAAUCCGGUCCAGUGUUUAAGCUAGGCGACUACUGCUACGGUUUAAGCCAUCACAAUGGUUCAUUUAUUUGUUGCACAUAUAACAAUGGAAUUAACAUAUGUCACAAGUCAUAUCACCGUUUAACCGCCAUGCAGAAGCUGCCAAAUGCACCUUCCGUAGUAGGUAGUACCUACGUUACCUCAAAUGACAAUUUCAUUUUUCAUUCCAACUGCCAUGAUCAUUGUGUCGUAUGUUACGAUUUCAGUGGGCAGGUACAGUGGAAAUAUUCCAAUUUGUUGCUCAGAAAACCGUACGGCAUCACAUUAGAUUCUAAUUCGAACAUUUAUGUUGCUGGUUCUGAUUCAAACAAUAUAGUCGUGAUAUCUCCAGAUGGUAAACAGGCGAAAGAGCUAAUUGGAUCUUGUGAUGGAAUUUCAAGUCCUCGUGCCAUUUUCUUUCAUAAAACCAAACACCUGCUUCUAGUAGCAAACUAUAACAGUGUUGCCUUCCUGUAUGACGUUAUAUAAAGCAUAUAGUUUUACAUGGAGUAAACCAUUUACUACUGGAAUCACAAUUUUGUUAUCAAAUUCAGAAUAAAAUAAAUGUCUUAGAUUAAAUUUUCUAUUGAGCUUAUAGAAUAAAUCACUUU